UUGCCAUAGUUUGGUCACAAACAAGGAAGUGCAGUAUAUUGAAAAUUUAGAGCAACAAAAUAGUGAAUGUAAUGCAUUUAAACAAUGUGUUGCUAAUUUAUUUGACAUAAAACAAUUUGGAUGCAUACAGUGCAGUCCAUUAGAAACUGAUACAAUUAACUUGGCUAUUAUAGGUUAAGGACCUUGCGCGAGAACUCCAAUUUCUGUCAAUGCAGGCAUGCUAGCUAGCUAACUUGCUAGUUUAGCUGAACAGUGAUGACCGAAAAGACAUUCAAGUUUGUGGUCGUCGGUGGUGGCAUUGCAGGUGUAACGUGUGCUGAGCAGCUGGCCUCCCAGUUCCCAUCAGCUGAUGUUGCUCUCCUGACAGCAGCCCCUCUGAUUAAGGCAGUCUGCAACUUCAAACAGGUAUCUAAGACGCUGGAGGAGUUUGAUGUGGAGGAGAGGCCCUCCAGUGUUCUAGAGGAAAAGUACCCCAACCUGAGAGUCAUCCAGUCUGCAGUGAAGGCCCUUCAUGCACAACAACAUACUUUGCAGACUGUGGAUGGUCUGGAGAUCCACUAUGAGAAGCUGUGUAUCUGUAGCGGGGGCAGACCCAAACUCCUUACCCAGGAUAACCCCUAUGUGCUGGGGAUACGAGACACAGACAGUGCCCAGGAGUUUCAGAAACGGUUAUCCAAAGCCAGGCGAAUUGUAGUCGUUGGAAACGGAGGGAUUGCCUUGGAACUAGUGUAUGAGGUGGAAGGUUGUGAGGUAAUCUGGGCAGUGAAAGACAAGGCCAUAGGAAACACCUUCUUUGACGCGGGAGCAGCCCAGUUCCUGAUCCCCUCCCUGGACACAGACAAACCAGAGAGAGCUGCUACCUGUAAGAGGGCUCGCUACACCAUAGAGGGGCCUGCAGCUACGCAGGGCCUUGCUGUAGGUGGAGGUGGCGACAGACAAGGCCAGAGAAGAGGGUUGGAAGAGCCAGGCAGUGCCCUGGGACCAGACUGGCAUGAAGGCAUCAGUCUGAGAGGAGCAGAGGAGGUGUCUCACAGGGUGUCAGUGGAGUACCAGUCUGAGGUGAAACAGAUCUACACUCACCAGGACUUCCUGCUGUCACCACUUGCCUCACAGACAGCAGACACUGGCUCUUGGCCAGUGUAUGCUCAGCUGACCAAUGGGAAGACUUUUGGCUGUGACUUCAUCGUCAGUGCCACAGGAGUCGUGCCAAACACCGAACCUUUUCUCCAGGGAAACAGCUUUGCGUUAGCUGAGGACUCUGGGCUGAAAGUGGAUGACCACAUGAUGACAUCAGAACCAGACAUUUACGCUGCUGGAGACGUAUGUACAGCAGGCUGGGAGCCAAGCCACCUCUGGCAGCAGAUGCGUCUGUGGACGCAGGCCCGUCAGAUGGGCUGGUACGCAGGGCGAUGUAUGGCUGCUGAUGUCCUGUCUGAAACCAUAGAGCUGGACUUCUGCUUUGAACUCUUCUCUCACAUUACAAAGUUCUUCAACUACAAGGUGGUUCUGCUGGGGAAGUUUAACGGCCAGGGUCUGGGUCUGAACCAGGAGUUGUUGGUGCGCUGCACUAAGGGCCAUGAGUACGUCAAGGUAGUGCUGAGCGGAGGGAGGAUGUUGGGAGCAGUCCUUAUUGGAGAGACUGACCUGGAAGAGACCUUUGAGAACCUCAUCCUCAACCAGAUGGACCUAACACCCUAUGGAGAAGAGCUACUAAACCCCAACAUAGACAUAGAGGACUACUUUGACUGAGCAUGUGUCUACCUAACACCGUAUGGAGGGUUACUACUCAACCCCGGCAUAGACUAUUGUUAGACUGAGGGGCCAAGAACUUCCCAGUAAAUCAAUACUAAAGUGGAUGUCUGCUUUAGCCCUGUUUAUAUCUGGUGCUAACACGUCCUGAUCUUGCCCACAUUUUUAGACCGGUGUAGACGAUAAAAAAAAAACUGAUUGUGAUCAGAUCUUCCUGACCACCUCCGGAAGUAGUCAGGGACACAUAUCUGGAUAGUGUAAACAGAUCUGGAUUUUCAAACCAUUUAAUUUGUCCCUCUAAAAUCAUUGACAGGUGGCACUAUUGACCCAAUGUGUCAGUAUUUGUUUUAACAUAGAAUAUGAUUAUUUUGAAACAAUAUGUCAAAUAAUUUGCAUACAGGGAGGGACCAGGUCAUCUGGUAACAAUGCAGACACAGUGGAUAGAUAGUCUUGUUCCCACGGCAGCCCUUAAUGCUCAAAUCAGUUUUAUUUUUCAAAUCCAUUUUGGAACACUGACUGUCCAAACAGUGACCUAAUCGGAUGUGUGUGUGUGUUCAGACAGCAGUCAUUUGCUAACAUGGCUGCGCUAGCUGUCAUAGUAACAACAGAUGUGUGCGCAGUAGUGUAGGCUGAUUGGUGCUUCCUAUCCCUCAGAGGUUAUGUACUGUAGCAAGCUAAAGUGAUAGCAAUGCCUGCCAUGGACAUUUCCCAGUUGCUUUGAAUGUUCAAAAUCAGUGCAAGAACAGAAGCUAGCACAGUCACUCAUUUGUUUGUAAACAAUUAACAAGCUAGUUAGCUACCACAUGUUCUUGUCAGAGUAGCGAGGAAGCAACACGAUAUGCCAAAUGACAGUCUAAAAACCACUUGAGGGCAAAUAAUUCAGAUUUGACCGUUCAGACAAGUCGCAUAUGGCCAGGAAUCAGAUUUAUCUUAUUUAAAAUCACAUUUGAAGGUGGUUUGAAAUAGAGUCCAUGUGCUUUUUGGCUGUUCAGACUGCAAGAAAAACAGAUUAAAAUCAGAUAUGCAUAUAUUUUUUGUCACUUUAAACUGCCAAUGUGACAUUAAGACAUUUUAAUACCAUAUGUAGUUGCUGCAAAUGUGUAGACUAGUGAUGCGGUGGUCAGCUGUUUGUUCACCAGCACUUGCUAAUAACCCAUCCACAACCACCCGACUAUGUGAUAGUGAAAAUCUGAGGCCCACAGCCGACUAACCUGCAAAUAUAGAAAAUGUGCCUUAGUUCCCUUUUUGCCUCAGUGGAUCGAUGUUAACUUUUUCUGCCCAACUUACCAAACCAUUUGACACGUGUAGUUAGGCCCACGCACUAAAUCCAGAUAAAAAUAAAUGUCAAUGUAGCUAUAGAUAUGAAUUGCACAAUAAUUAUCCAUUUAUGGGUUUUUUUAUUCAUCGUUUUCUUUAUUCAACCUGCACGCAGCCCACUCCCCCAUCAUCCACACUAUUUCAUGACCCUAAACCCAGAUAUAACAGCAGAUUGCGGGUUAUGAGUGUGAUCCUUGUGUAGACGCUAAUAGUGAUCGGAUCACGAAAACCACAUGUUAAUGCAAAGUGUAACCAGGGAAUUGGCAAGUUUAGAACCUGUGACGUUUUGGUCCCUAUCUCAGUGCCUAGUUUAUUGCGCAAGCAAUUGGGAGGGCACUAGUUUUUAUAUAAAGCUGUUCAGUCAGGUAGAAUUGUGAUUAGUAAGGUUGGAAAACAAAAGCUGCAUUGGCAUUCCAACUGGCAACAUUGUGUGUCGCAAACCGCGUUUAACGCCCUCGAACCUACUUCCCUAAAGAAGGCUUUGAUUUAUUUGACACUCACCUGUACACUCCACCCUUUGACCUGUCCAUCGAGCCUUCAUCCAACCAAUCAAUUCGUCCCCGAGUACCUCUGGAAACAGUCUGGAAUAUCUGAUCACAAUCAGUUCUUUUAAUCGUCUAAACCUGGCUAAAAAUGUGGACAAGAUCAGGACACGUGUUAGCACCAGGUAUUAACGGGGCUCUUGACUGAAUCCUGCAGGGCUAAGAGCAGAUUUGCAUAUCAAUAUCAAACCUUGAGUUAACAUUGUUUUCAAGAAAAGGGUUAUGAGUAAUCUGCAAUACACUGUAAAAACACAUUCUGGGGUGAAUUGAACCAACAUACUUAAUACAAAUCAAUGCAAGUCAUUUUACCAAACAAGUUAAGAAUAAAUCCAACUCUGUUGCAUAAAAUCUAAGUAUAUUUUGAGGAUAACCAAAGAGAGAAUGUAUUUAAAUGAAUGGCUCUGUUUUCAGAGAAUUGUGAGUAAUUCAACAUAUGUAGACCGUUUCUUUUAAACAAAGUUGUUUACAUGUUUGAAGAAAAGUAUAUUUCUAUAUUAGUAUUAAGCAGCUUGUUGUGCAAUGGAUAUCAAAACCGUCAGACAAAUUGACGUUCAAUUGUGAGACCACCCAUUUCCACCAUCAGCAACCUAAACGAGAGGCAAAUGCAGUUCUACCUCCAGUUACUGCAGAUGGAUUGAGCACUUAACAAUGCCUGCCAAAGCUGGUAAAUGGCAAAUUAAUGUUUAACAUUGUUUAAUGUAUUUGUUAAGACACCAUCACUGAAAGUAACUCAUCAGAAAUGAAGUAAAUCUCAUUCAUAUUACAGCUAUUAUUAUUUCCUUGUA